AUGCCGUGCGGUUCGUGCAGCGAAAGCAAAGAAUGCCCGAAACCGGUGAACAUCUUCUACGUCUGGUACGGAGAACUCUGCAGAAGAUUGAACAUGCAACCGUUGAACAUUGUGAAACCGGCGAGACCGAAGAGCGAAACUAUCUUGGAUUUCGUGUGCGAUCGAGUUAAACCCGAGGAAUGGCCACCGAUAUUGAACGCGUUACGUCUGGAUACGAGUUUACACGUGAUUGCGGUGAGGAGUAAAGUUCAAUGCAAGUUCUUGCACGAUGUCGAUACUGAGGAUAAGGCGAGGCAUAUGAAGAGGAGGGCCGGAUCUUUGUACACUGGAUACAUUUUGAAAGGUUUGGUGAAAUCGCUGACGAAUUGCGUGAGGAGGAACGAUGUUUUAUCUAGUUUGGAGUUAGAUGGGAUUCCAUUGGGGAUCGAGCACGUUGAGGCGCUUCUGGAGGCUCUGAAGAAGAAUUCGACGAUUAAAGUUUUGACUGUAAAGUAUUGCACUUUGCGGGAUUUGGGAUGUCAAUUGCUGUGCAACGCGUUGAAGCAGAUGCCUAAUAUCGAAGUGCUUAAUCUCACCGGUUGCGGAUUGGGUAGUUUGAGUGCUCAGUACAUAGCUCAAGUGGUUAAGUUUCAGCAGAUCAAUAGGUAUUGCGAGAGUUGGCACAAUUCGUUGAGGUACGAGGAUCCUGAGGUCGGGAUUAUGGCUGGACUGAAGAGGAUCACGUUGAACAAUAAUCCGAACAUCAAAGAUGAAGGUUUAACUUAUAUUUUGGACGAGUUGGACGAUGAUCUGUGGAUCAAAGCCUUGGAUAUGCAGAGAUGCGGAAUAAGCGAAAGCAUUCUACCUAGAUUGAUCGACGUUAUCGAUUAUAGCAGAUCUCUGGAAGUGGCUGAUUUCAGGGCUAACGAUCAGUUAUCCCCGAAGAGCAUUGAAAGGAUACUGAACAUCUUGAGGAAUAAGCAUCAGUUUGGUUACGAGAGCGAAUAUCAAUGGUGUUACACGGCUACGACUCUGAAUCCGGAAGGUUCGGUGCAUGAGACUACAUCAACAACUUCAACUAAGUUGAUUCCCAUGAAGAGCAGAUCGGUGCCUCUAAAAACCAGUUCCACUAAGCUUCCUUUGAGGCGGAUGAAGACCUGCACGGCGAUUAACAAAAAGGUUGAUAAGUAUCAGAACGUUAAGGCGAAAACCAUCGUGGAUGCGAAGAAGGACGUUUUGACGCUGCACGAUGAGCUGCAGAAGGAGAUGGCGAAGCGGAUCCAAAGCGAGUUGGAGAACAAGAGGUUGAAGCAAGAGCUCGAACGUAUCAAAUCUUGCGUGACUUUGGAGUCGCAGCACCAAAAGGAGAAAGUGGUUAAAUUCGAUCCGAUCCCAGAACCGAAACGCGUCAAGGCGAAAAGCGCUAAAGCGAAAGCGAAUAAAGUCGAGUUCGUUUUCGAGAAUAAAACGCAGGUUCACAGUAUUUUGCAGAAUCUGGUUAAGCAGUGCCAGGAUGGUAACGGGGAUGAAGAGAAUGAGGAUGAUGUCGAGUAUUUCAAGGAUAUUUUGGAAGCAAGCAAGUCGAGUGCAGGCGGCGGUGUUAAGGAAGAGAAGGAGGACAGUUCCGGGAGCAACGCGAGUCUCAUCAAAUUCAUGAAGGACAUCAAGAACGAGGACGGGAACAUGUGGUCCAGCAAAUGCUACCAGAGCCAUCUGUCGGUGCAUUGA